UCAGCACCAUCACCACCUCCAAAUCCAAUUCAAGAAUAACAGCAAUCCUCUCCUCCUCCUCCUCCAAUGGCUUACUUCCUUUCAAACAAAAUAGCUCCUUUUCUGCUCCUACUCUUGGUUGGCUUUGCAGAUGAAAGCUGUGGGUCCAGAAAGCUAGCCUCUCUAUACCAACCACCUCCAAGCCUCCUCACAUACCACAAAGGCGCCUUGCUCCAAGGGAACAUCCCCAUCUCCAUACUUUGGUAUGGGAAUUUCACCCCGGCCCAAAAGGCUAUCAUCUCCGACUUCCUCCUCUCCCUCACUCCCCAACCUCACCAAGAACCAACCUCCACAACCACCACACCCUCUGUUUCUAAAUGGUGGAACGCCGUCGACAGCUUACUGCAGAGAGCUGGAAAGAAGAAGACACACAUGUCCUUGGCCAACCAAAUCUCCGACGAGCACUGUUCCAUCGGCAAACUGCUCAAAAGUUCUCAGCUACCCGAGCUGGCUUCGAAAGCCAACCCCACGAAAGCUGGGGUGGCAUUAGUCCUGACCGCAGAGGACGUCGCGGUGGAGGGCUUCUGCAUGAGCUCCUGCGGAUCUCAUGGCUCGCUCGCCGGCCCCGGCGCGGCCUACGUUUGGGUGGGGAAUUCGGCAAGCCAGUGCCCUGGCCAGUGCGCGUGGCCUUUCCACCAGCCGGUGUACGGGCCGCAGGGGCCGCCACUCGUGGCCCCAAACGGCGACGUUGGGGCUGAUGGCAUGGUCAUCAACAUCGCUACGUUGUUGGCUGGGACGGUCACCAACCCGUUCGGGGAUGGGUAUUUCCAAGGGGAUGCCGGGGCCCCGCUCGAGGCCGGCGCGGCGUGCCGAGGGGUCUACGGCAAGGGGGCUUACCCAGGCUACGCCGGAGAGCUGCCGGUGGACGCCGGCACCGGAGGGAGCUACAACGCGGAGGGGGUGAAUGGAAGGAAGUAUUUGGUUCCGGCAAUGUUGGACCCUGCCACCUCUUCUUGCUCUCCUAUUGUGUGAUUGGCAGUUGUUCCCUUUGUACAUGCAUGCAUACAACUAAUAAACACUUCAGUAGAUUUUUGAUUGGAAUGAUGAGAAGAAAAAGGAAUUGCCAAGUGCCAGGAGUGAAACAAUAAUUUUGAAGAGUUGAUUAA